CUUUCAGCGUUCAUGUGAAUCCUGAUGUCAGCGCAGCGUUCAUUCCCCAACUGGUGUUUAAAAUUACACUCUCUUGAAUAUAAACCGAAGUUUUCCACUUGGAAUAAUUUUUACCUUUAACGAAUUUUCAAACGACUCUAUUAUUUUCACGUUGAUUCACGUUUGAUGCAACACAACUUUCACGUUGAAUGUUUAACACUGUAACGCGGAAUUGAUUAUUGUUUUGGAUGCGCGAUGGAAGCCUUCACUAAUCAUCUCAACAAGAUGAAGAUCCCGGAGAUCGACACUCCGUUAGAGUCGACUCCCAGCGUGGCCUCCUCGGUGGUGUCCGCGGGGGAAUUCUCCAUUCCUCAGCUGCUGCCACCCGCCGAAGGAAACGCGGCGCAACCGGUGGAGGAACGGGUACAGAUCAAGCAGCCUAACCCGCACGAGCUCAUGGUCGAACGGGUGAUUACGACACAAGCGCCGGAUUUAGCCGCGACGCACAGUGCAGAGUAUGAACCGGAUAAUUCCACGGAGGAGGAGGAUGAACCGGUGGCUGAUGAGCACGGCAGUCAUGGCCAACGAAGGAUGAGCGGUGCGAAGAAGCUCAAGAACAAGCUGAGUAAGGCGUUUAAUAAGGUGUUCCAUACGCAUGUGGGAGAGGAGAAGAAGGAGGAGGAUCUGCAGCAGCAUCAUGCGCCACCCGAAACUGGCAAUCCCGACGACGCCUCCAACAAAGUGACCCUCCACAAAGAAAUCCCGGCCAGCAGCCACGACCAGAACGUGCAGCAGCGCCUGGAGUCCGCCUUCGCCACCGAGGGCCUCAAAGCCUCCCGCGACCCCUCCGAACCCACCACCACCCUCAACCGCUUCGAAGCCCCCGCCACGGCCCCUUGCGCCCCCGCCACCUCCCAUCCCGGGGGCCCCGGCGGCGUCCUGGACCUCGGGCGCAUGAUGGACCUGCAGGACCACCGGGCGCCGCACCUCGAGAACCUCCAAAGCUCCCCCUGCCCGCCGCCGCGCAAAGACAAGAACCCGGAGAAGAGCCCCGAGAAGGUGCCGUAUUCGGUGCGCCGGGCGGAGUUGGCCGCGGCGCUGGACCCGGUGCUGGCGGAUCUGAGCGAGGUGAACUUGAGUCCGUUGCGCCGCGAUUCCCGCCCGCAUGUGCCGGUGUAUACGUCGCCGGAGCCGGUGCAUUUCGACAGUGUGACGGUGCGGGAUCAUGUCGGCGGAGAGGGGCAUCUCAUCCGCUCCAAGGAGAUGUGGAAUCUCCCGGACAAGACCGCCGACGAGCAGCAGCGCCGCUCGCCUAUGCAGGACAUGGAGAAGGAUGGCGCCAAGUUCAGCAGUCAGUUUGUCCGCGUCGGUGAGCACGGCGAUGCGUAUCAAGAGCGACUGGAAAUGGCGCGCGAGAAAUGGAUCAACCCCAUCGCUGCGGCCCCCGGCAUUCCCACCGACAAGUCCAUUAGCAGCUUCCAGAGCGAACCGGAAGUCCUGAUGCGGUCUUUUGAGCGCGUUGAGUCCGACACGGACGUCCUCAAGGAGGGUCAUCACCUGCUGACCGAAAAGAUCAAUUCGCCUAUGGAAAAACCCCGCCUGCAGUCCAACCAGGACCCACUGGAAGAGAUCUCCCAUCUGGCCCGCAAAUUCGUCGCCGAACGUGACGAGCGACCGAGUCGCGGCAGUAACGGCGCCGCCAGCAAUCAACCCCAGACGGCGUACAGUCUGGAUAAAGAGGAAUUCGCCAACCGGAAGCCGAGCGACUCGCCGACCGCUUUUAAGAAGCCGCUGCGUGAGGAGGACAGUGGCGCGGCGCCGGAAGAGACCGGGAUGCGCCCGGUGGAGGAAAUGACGCCGCAGGAGCGAGCCGACCGGAUUGUCGAUAUGGAGACCGAGGGCAACGAUCUGGCGCCCCGCCGUCGAGAUUACCAAGUGGCCAGCACGGUGCCCGGCGACCUGGAGCAGCCGGUCCUGGAAGACCCGAAUCCUCCCGUUCCCGACAUUCCCCGCGAGACCGACCGGCCCGCCCUGGACCGCGCCGACACCCUCGAGGAAUCGCACACCGAGGGCGACGAGAAGUCCCUCGUCAGCAACGUCCUGGAGUCCGUGGAGUCGGUGAUGCACGCCGUCACCGGCAUCUUCCACCGGGACACCCCGGAAGUCCCGCCCGCCGACGCCGACCAUCCCCAACGCACCGGGAUCGUCGACAAGGUCGUGGACAAGAUGUGGGAUGUGUUCACCGCCGGCACCGGGGGCCCGGACGUCCCGGUGCUCCCGGACGUGGAGGAGAAGGCGCCGGAGGUGGCAAAGGAGACCGCGGAGGUGGUGGAGGUGCUGCCGGUGUCCGGGGAGUUCAUCACGGGGCCGGUGAAGGUCCCGGAGGCGGGGCUGAGUGCCGGGCAGCAGCGCCGACAGACGGCGUCGCGGGAUAUAUAGCCAUGAAUUUUUCCUGAUUUUCUCCUGCAAAUUAUGGCUGUUUUUUUAUUAAUCAAAUUAUGGCAGUUAUUUUUGUGUUUCCUGUUUUGAUGUGCUUCCCCUGUUGUGAGCUGCUAUGUUGGCUAAAAUUUAGCCGGUAUUAUUCUUUGGUUUUUAUCUCCGUUUAAUGCUAAACGAAUUCCCGAUUUAAAUACAGUAAAUAAAUGACUAUAAAAUAAAACAUUAUUUCCAGAA